AUGGGACUGACUGCAGGCAAGGCGAGCAAGUCGAUGGAGGAGAGCUUGCUCAAGUGGGUGCGCGAGACCGUGGGCGACCUGGGCGUGACGCCCACCGACUUCAAGUACGGUUUCAGGGACGGCCUGGCCUUUGCCGCGCUCGUGUCCAAGUACGACCCCACCCUGCUCGACUUCAGCCGCGUCAACAAGGACGACCCCGCCGCGCUGCUGGCCCAGGCCUUCGAGCUGGCCGAGACCCACAUGAACAUCCCGCAGCUGCUCUCGCCCAGCGACCUCACCGAGGGCGACCCCGACGAGCGCUCGGUGCAGCUCUACGUUUCGCUCUUCUUCCACGCCUUCUCGUCCAAGAGGGAGAAGGAGGAGAUGGAGCUGGCCAACCAGGGCAUCGCCUCGCGCCUCGAGGACCUGGGCACCCGGCUCCAGCGCGAGGCCCAGGAGCGCGAGGAGCUCCUCAAGCAGAAGGACUCGCUGCUGGCCGCGCAGGCCGGCCUCGACUCGACCAUCGGCGAGAAGGGCAAGCAGGCCACCGAGCUGAACGAGGCCACCAGGAAGCUCCAGUCCGAGGUGCAGGAGCUGCGCGCCCGGCUCGAGGAGCUCCACCAGCUCAAGACCAAGGAUCUCGAGCUCGCUUCCAAGCUGGCGACGCUUCACGAUUUGGCCGAAAGGCAGCGAGCGUCGAGGGACGAGUCCGUCGACGCCUCCGUCGAUGCGCUCAAGGAGGAGAUUCAGCGGGCCAGGUCCGAGAUCGAGGCCCUCCGCGAGCGCCUGGGCGGCAACCACGACGAGAGGGCCUCGGCUUCGCGCGAGCUGGCCGAGACGCAGGAGCAGCUGGCCAAGGAGGCCGAGAAGCUGAGGGCGCAGCUGGCGGCGGAGAGCGCAGCCAGGACGCAGCGCGACCAAAAGAAUGCCCGGCUCCAGUCCGAGCACGACCUUCUCUCCAAGAAGGCCGGCCAGACCACCAAGGCCAGCGCUGCCUGGUCGCUGCUGAGCAAGAACCUGGAGGAGCACCUGGAGGACCUCUACUGCUGGCGCGAGGUGCAGACCGACGGCGAGACGGACCCCACCAGGCGCAUCGAGAUCAAGUCCAUCGUGCCCUCCAUCUCCAGCACCAAGAACUGGAACCAGCAGGCCACCCUCCUCGUCGACCGACUCGAGGACGAGAACAAGGCCCUCCUCAAGGUCCUCGACAUCAAGGGCUGGCUGGUCAAGAAGGGCCAGCGCAACACGUCGUCGUGGAAGAAGCGGCACUUUGUGCUGCGCGCCGACACCCUCUCCUACUACAAGACCGACGAGGCCAACGCCGACGAGAAGGCCUCCAUCUCCCUCGCCACGUGCGAGGUCGGCCCCGAGAGCGGCGAGGACGGCCACGAUUGGCUCCUCAAGGUGAGCGUGGAUGGUCGCCAGCUGGUGCUCGAGGCCGAGUCGAAGGAGCACAGGGACGCCUGGAUCGCGGCCGUGGCCGGUCUCGCCGCCGCCCACGUCUACAGAAAGGACUCUGAUGACGUCGACUCUGAAGCCAGGCCCGACCUGCGUCUGCUGGCGUUCCUCGGCGGCGAUGCCAACCCACCGACGGUGCUGCACCUGGACGACCGCCCGCUGUCGCAGGAGGCCCUGCGAGCGCUGACCGCCGUGCUGGCCCACAACUACCACCUCAAGACCCUGUCGCUCGAGAACGCCGAGCUCGAGGACAACGACGUCCGCCGCCUCGCCCCCGCCCUCGCCGCCCUCACCCACCUCCGCGUCCUCAAGCUCGGCAAGAACAAGAUCUCCUCCGCCGGCGCCGCUGCUGUGGCCGAGGCGCUGCCGAAGAUGAAGUCGCUCGAGGAGCUGUACCUGAACGAGAACGAGAUCGGCGACGAGGGCGCCGACGCGCUCGCCCAGGCGCUGGCCCACAAGUCGAGCCUGCGCGUGGUGGACCUCUCGGCCAGCAAGGUCUCGGACAAGGGCGCCGCCGCGAUCGCCGGCGCGCUGACCGAGGAGCACGGCCUCGGGUCCCUCAUCCUCUCCAGGAACGCCAUCACCGACGAGGGCGCCCAGGCCCUGGCCGCCCUCCUCCGCCGGCGAACGGCGCUCGAGUCGAUCCACCUCGGCGGCAACGGCAUCUCCGACGAGGGCGCUCAGGCCAUCGCCGCCGCGCUCAAGGAGAACGACAAGAUCACUCACGUGGACCUGUCCGCUAACAAGCUCGGCAAUGCCGGCGCCAGCCACAUCCGCCAAGUGCUCGACGACAACGAGGUGCUGGAGGGAGUCAACCUGUCGGAGAACAAGCUGCAGUGCGGAGCGGACCUGGCCUCCUUCCUCGACGUGGACGCCUUCUUCUUCCCCCAGCUCGCCUUCUCCAGGAGAAUCGGCAAGUAG